GGAAUCUUGCCACCAAAUCUAAAAGUUGAGAAAGAGCGCCAUUUAAAGGUACUCGAAGGCGAAUUCUUGAAAAAGAGGACUGAUACUGAAGAGAUUAAAAUGCGUAAAAAAUAUCGACUGGUCAAAUUCUUGGAACUAAAGAAGGUCAUGAAAGAAAUGAAUAAACUGACUAGACUCAAGAAGGAAGAAACUGACUUGACUGAAGCAGAAAUUGCCGCGAUUGAAGAACAAUUACACCAGUUAGAUGUCGAUUAUCAUUACAUCAAUCAUUUCCCUGUUGGCCGAAAAUAUAUAUCAUUAUAUCCCAAGAUAGAAAGCAAAGAUCCAGACAACGAUAAAAAGCGCCAAGAGAUUCGCGAACAAAUCUGGAAAAGUGUUGAGUCGGAGUGCAUUCAUAAAUUGAGAGAUCAGUAUAGAGCUGAACUUGAGAAAGAAGUCGCCGUAAAAUUAGAGGCUAAAACUAGCAAGAAAAAGAUGUGCGAAAAUUCAGAUGCAGGAGAAGAUAUUGUUCGUGAUGAUUUCUUUGAAAUAUGA